AUGAACGCUGAUACGUGCGUCUCAUACUGCGAUAUGACAUCGAUGGAUUCAUAUUAUAGCACAGCCACCGCGGCGCAAGGUAGGGAGCACCAGGCCAACAACCCGUUCAGGACUUUCCCGAGCGCAGAGAGCAAGUACAGCCCCACGUUCAUCCCGGGUAAAGGGCAGGGGUACGGGGAGAAGUCCCGGAGCCCCUUCCAGUCGGACUGCCAGUCGCUGGAUGGCACGGAGGAGGGCACCUUCAGCAAGUACCAGCUCUUCAUGCAGCGGCCGAGCUGCAAGACUCCGCCCGAAGGCAGCAAGCUGCACCCGGACAGCGCGCACAACGGGACGCUCAUUCCCUGCUACGGUGAGUACUACGAGUCCCCAGCCAAGUGGAGGAAGAGGGAGCGUUUCGGCCAGAUGCAGCAGGUCCGCACACACUUCUCCACCGCGUACGAGCUGCCUCUACUGACUCGGCCUGAGAACUAUGCACAGAUCCAGAACCCUUCAUGGAUCGGGAGCAGCAGUGGAGCGUCUCCAGUGCCCGGCUGCGUUGUACCUUGUGACUCUGUCCCAUCCUGCAUGCCCCCUCACCCUCACGGCCCCGGAGGCAUCUCCGACUUCCUUGGCGUGUCCAGUCCUGGAAGCAGCCACAUGGGACAGACGCAUAUGGGCAGCCUGUUCGGGGGUCCCGGGAUGGGCGGGGGAAUCAAUGGCUAUGAUCUCAAUGUUGAUCCAGACCGCAAGUCCUCCAGCAUAGCUGCGCUGCGUAUGAAGGCCAAGGAACACAGUGCAGCCAUCUCCUGGGCCACAUGA